AAGUACGAGCGUGGAUAAUGGUCGGGGAGUUGUGGAACAGUGUGUGUACCGUAUCCCGUACGAAGGUUUUUCAACUUCAACCCGAAUCGACUGUUCCUAAUUAGCAAAGUGCUCGAUUUUCAACAUGUUCCAGCUUCUCCGGUGAUUCUGGAAAUGUAGAUAUUGAAUAUUUUGAGCUAGAAUGUUGGAAAAUGAUGUCCGAACAAGUGGGAGAAGUCAUGACUUCGAAUGCUCCCAUUCCCGCUGAAGUAGAUUUGUCAACUGCCUACGAUAGCCGACUAUUUGGAUUCAUGACGACGGAAGGGGAAGAGGGAGCCCAGAAAAAGGCCAUGUUGAAUAAGGCCAUCGCUCAGCUUGAGCAGGAGAUCAAGAAGAAGGAGGUCAGUGACCCCAAGAUCUACUGCAAGCUGGGACAUUACCAUUUACUGCUGGGAGAAUACAGCAAAGCUCUGUCAGCCUAUCAGAAGUUCUUCACGUUGGAUAGCGAAUACUGGAAGGAUGCAACCUUUCUGUAUGGGCUUGGUAUGGUUUACUUCCAUUUCAGCGCCUACCAGUGGUAAGUCCGACAUGUUAUAUUCUGUGCUGCUUUGUGAUCAAAGGAUAAUGAAACCCUCGAAACCAGCUGAAUCCAUAUCAAAGAGAAAAAUCAAAGAAACAUAUUGUUGAAAGUUUGAGGAAGAUUGAAUGAAUAAUAAGAAAGUUAUGAGCAUUUGAAUAUUGAGAUCACUAAUGCCAUGUAGAUCCUCCCAUUGGCAAUGCGACCAAGAUCUGUGAUGUCACACACGUACAACUCCCUCAUUACUUUAGUACUUAUUUCACUUAUAUUCUCACUUUUAUAGAGUCUAUCACAAGGACAAGUACAGAGGUUUCACAACAUUAUAUCAUUGAUGAAUCGUUUGUCGUAUGAUUAGAAUGAGCAAAAAGAGAUGUUUUGGGGUAUAUUUUCAGUGUCCAAAAGGGGAGAGUUGUUCAUCUGUGACAUCAUAGAUCUUGGUCGCAUUGCCAAUGGGAGGAUCUCCAUAGCAUUAGUGAUCUCGACAUUCAAAUGCUCAUAACUCUACUAUUGCUAGUCCUAUUUUACUCAAACUUUUGUUGAUCUUAUUUUUUGAUUUUUCUGCUUUCACAAAAGCUAACUUGCUCCAAGAGUUUCAUUCUCCUUUAAUGGAAUUUAUUUUUGUGUAUUAUUGUGAUGAAAUUAUUUUGAUUUCAUUUUUGCUGACUUGUCUGUAUAUGUUGUGAUUUAUUUAUUCCUUUGAUUAUUAUUAUUAUUUUUUUUUUAUUUGUUUAUUUUUUUUGGGGGGGGGUUUCCAUGUUUAACCUGGUAGAGAGUUUGAUCUUUUUUCCAUAUGUGUGUUCAUCUUUGAAGAAAUGUUUGGAUGAAAUAUGAGGGACUAGAUUUGCUAGAUUAUGUGUAUUUGCGAUUUCAGCAUCAUCUUGGGUAUAAUUCAGUAUGUGUUUUAGAGUGUGUGUGUACAUUGAAUUAUGAAGAGUGCUGGAAAAUUGAACAGUUUCUUUGAGUAUUAACUGGUCUUAAUAUCAUUCAUAAUAAUGAUACUUAUUUAUAAUGUAGUAUUAAAAAGCCAGAUACAGAGUGCUUAAGGGCAUAAUGAAGG